AUAUUUUGAAAAAAAAUUGGCUACACCACUGGUCCCACCAUUCUAUGCCUCUUACAAAUAUAGGAAGCAUGUCUAUUGGAAGACCAAAAAUCACAAAGAGAGUUCCAUUCUUUCCAACUUAGCAAGAUUUAGACAGCUUCUUCAAUUACAACUCCUCCUUUGAUAUAGCUCUUUGUCUUUACAUCUUUAUAGACCUAUAUUUAUAUAUAUUAAAUCUUAGAUUCGUAAGUAGAGACCCUUUGUCUUUUUUUACCUUCUCAUGCAUGGUUAUUUUGAGGUAUUAAUUUAAGCUGAAACAAUAUAGAAAAUGGAAAGAUAUGAAAUUCAGAAAGAUAUUGGUUCUGGGAAUUUUGGUGUGGCUAAGCUGGUGAAAGAUAAAUGGACUGGUGAGCUUCUUGCUAUCAAGUAUAUUGAAAGAGGCAAAAAGAUUGAUGAACAUGUUCAAAGGGAAAUCAUGAAUCACAGGUCUUUGAGGCACCCAAAUAUCAUUAGAUUUAAGGAGGUAUUUCUAACCCCAGUUCAUCUAGCCAUAGUGAUGGAAUAUGCUUCCGGAGGAGAGAUUUUUGAACGAAUAUGCACUGCUGGAAGAUUCAGUGAAGAUGAGGCAAGGUUUUUCUUUCAACAACUUAUAUCAGGAGUCAGUUACUGUCACUCAAUGCAAAUCUGUCACAGAGAUCUUAAACUUGAAAACACAUUGUUAGACGGGAGCUCUACGCAACGUCUAAAAAUAUGCGAUUUUGGCUAUUCUAAGUCAGCAGCAUUGCAUUCACAACCCAAAUCUACAGUUGGAACUCCAGCCUAUAUCGCACCAGAAGUCUUAUCAAGAAAAGAAUAUGAUGGAAAGAUAGCAGAUGUUUGGUCUUGUGGGGUCACAUUAUAUGUGAUGCUGGUCGGCGCAUAUCCGUUUGAAGAUCCUGAUGAUCCAAGAAACUUCAAGAAAACAAUAACUAGGAUAUUAAGCGUGCAGUACUCGAUCCCUUAUUACGUCCGAGUCUCCAAGGAUUGUAAUCAUCUUUUGUCACGAAUAUUCGUAGCUGACCCGGAGAAGAGGAUAACGAUCGCAGAAAUAAAGAAGCAUCCUUGGUUUUUAAAGAACUUGCCUAAAGAAUUUAUGGAAGGAGAGGAAGCUAGUUUAGCACAAGUGAAUGGUGGAGACAAGCCUUUACAAAGCAUUGAAGAAGCAUUGGCUAUUAUUCAAGAAGCAAGAAAACCAGCAGAGGGGUCCAAAGUUAGUGACUAUUUUGUUAAUAGCAGCAUUAGCAUGGAGCUUGAUGAUUUUGAUACUGAUGCUGAUUUAGAUGAUGAAAUUGACACAAGUGAUGAUUUUGUAUGUGCAUUAUGAGUGCUACUUUCUUGGCCAUAAAAUGAAAAAAAUAAUUGGUAUUUAAGUCUCUACUUGGCACUUGGGGCCAUUCUAUAGCAGAGAGUUGUACUUUUUUUUUGUGUUUUAAAUUCAUGUUUAGUUUCAUAAAUCUUCAAUUUCACAGGAGUUGAAGGUCUUUUUAAAGAUAUUAUAUUCAAAUAUAGUACAUCAUGUAUGGCACCAAGGAUUCCACAUAGUUUUGUUUGUUUGUUUGCAAUUGUAAAUAAAAAUUGUGCAACUAGUUUGUAUGUAAUUUAAAUAUAAGAUCUUUGUCAA